GCACCUAAGGGCCAAUGAGCAGUCCUAAAUGUGCUACUCUCUAGACUAGUGUAGGUGCCCUCGAUCUUCAAAAUAAAACGUUGCUUGUUGGAGUGUAGAUGGAGAUGCAGAUGCAGCAAAAUAAUUUAUUAGUUUUCAUCAUCAGUGAGGAAAGGCAAAGCAAGGGGAGGCAGCGAUGUGCAGUUUGGAUAGGCGCGGCGAUGUCUUCAUCCUGACCAUCACAGGCGACGAUGAGCAUCGAUUGAACCCCACCAGGAUCGACUCCAUCCGAGCUGCGCUGAGGCGGGCCAAGUUGGAGACGCGCCCCGCCGCCCUCAUCACCACCGCCCAGGGGAAGUUCUUCUCCAAUGGCUACGACCUCGAUUGGGCCUUCUCCCACCAGGACCCGACCCGGCGGCUGGACCGGGCGAGGUUGAUGUCGAGGAAACUCCGCCUCCUCGUGGAGGAACUCAUUUCCCUGCCGAUGCCCACAAUCGCCGCCGUCACGGGCCACGCCUCCGCCGCUGGGUUCAUCCUGGCCCUCUGCCACGACUACCUGCUGAUGCGGAAGGAGCGAGGGUUUCUAUACAUGAGCGAGGUCGACAUUAAAUUUAAGAUCUCGGCCUGGUUCACGGCGAUCGUGAAGAACAAGAUUGCCUCUCCUAGGGUUUGGAGGGAUGUAAUCUUGAAGGCGGAGAAAAUCACGGCGGACAGGGGUGUGGAAAUGGGGAUUGUGGACUCUUCCCACGCCACAGCCGGAGGAACCCUGGAGGCGGCGGUGGCGCUGGGGAUGGAAUUGGUGCGGCGCCAGUGGAGUGGCGAAGUGUAUGCUGGGUGUCGUAGGGUUAUGUUUGAGGGUGUGCUGGCUACGCUCCGGACAGACGAGACGGUCGAGGAUUCCGGCCAAAUUGUGGAUGAUGAUGAUGAUGAUGAUAAGGCUGUCAUUGGGAAUAUGCAGGUUUCAAAAUUGUGAGCUUUGGACUACCUUACCUACCUACAUUGAUUUCUUUACUAUCAAAUAUGUGGUUGAGUCUUGAUUACUGCUUUCUGGUAUGAUGUUGUAUGCCCAGUUCAGUUCAUAAUGAAGAAAUGAAUAAUCUUAUGGUAUGAGACUCUACUCUGAUGCAUGCCCGACGUUUUGGAAUAGUUUCCUUUGUGUUGUAUGAUGCAUCUCUUCUGGAACUUGAUUAUCCAAUUGUUUGAUUGUUUGGGUUGGUGGUCUUAUGUGCAGCUUAAGUUGAUAGAAUGUUUGUUGUCAAGCAAGGUAAGGUAUUGACAACAGCAAGGAGAAGAACAAGUGCUUCAGACUCUCCUCAAUGGUUGCUUAAAUUGUUUACUCAGUUUGAACUUGCAGCAUAAUAAAGGUAUAUAUGAAGUGAUGAUAUUGUGCAUUUGAGG